AUGGCCAUGCAGUUGGAUAUGUCAAAUGCCUCGGUGAUGAAGGACGAACAGGGUCGGCCUUUCAUCGUUGUCAGAGAUCAAGGGAAAAAGAAGCGACAGCACGGAAACGACGCUGUCAAAUCCCAUAUCACUGCCGCGAGGACAGUGGCCAACAUUGUCCGAACAUCACUGGGACCGCGAGGUCUAGACAAGAUUCUUAUUUCGCCAGACGGAGAUAUCACAGUCACCAAUGAUGGGGCUACUAUACUUUCACAGAUGGAAAUAUCGAAUCACGUUGCAAAGUUACUAGUUGAGCUUUCAAAGUCGCAAGACGAUGAGAUAGGAGAUGGGACCACAGGUGUUGUUGUACUCGCAGGGGCUCUUCUAGAACAAGCUGCGGACCUGAUCGACAAGGGAAUACAUCCUAUUCGGAUAGCAGACGGAUACGAUCAGGCCUGUGAGGUCGCAGUGGAAGAGCUGGAUCGGAUAAGCGACAAGAUCGAGUUCACAAAGGAACAGCGGCAGAACCUUUUUAAGGUUGCGAAGACCAGCCUGGGAAGCAAAAUUGUAUCAAAAGCCCAUGAUCAAUUCGCCCAGAUAGCCGUUGACGCUGUCCUCUCCGUCGCUGAUCUCGAGAGAAAAGAUGUCGACUUCGAGCUGAUCAAGGUUGACGGCAAAGUUGGUGGUUCAUUAGAAGAUACGCUUCUGAUAAAGGGCGUUAUAGUCGACAAAGACUUCUCACAUCCUCAAAUGCCAGACGAGGUACGAGAUGCCAAGCUGGCGAUCUUGACUUGCGCCUUCGAGCCACCGAAGCCGAAGACGAAGCACAAGCUUGACAUAACGACUGUUGAAGAGUUCAAGAAGCUGCAGAACUACGAGAAGAACAAGUUCACAGAGAUGAUUCAGCAGAUAAAAGAUACAGGGGCCAACCUUGUGAUAUGUCAAUGGGGAUUUGACGACGAGGCAAACCACCUGCUAUUACAAAACAAGCUUCCCGCAGUCAGAUGGGUUGGAGGUCCCGAAAUCGAACUCAUCGCAAUAGCAACAAACGGCCGGAUCGUUCCCCGAUUCGAGGAUCUCAGCGCAGCGAAGCUUGGAAAGGCAGGGGUUGUGCGGGAGAUGAGCUUCGGUACUACGAGGGAGAAGAUGUUGGUCAUCGAGGAAUGCGCAAACACACGAGCAGUAACGGUCUUUGUCAGAGGAAGCAACAAGAUGAUCAUCGACGAGGCCAAACGCUCACUACACGACGCCCUCUGCGUCGUGCGAAACCUCGUUAAAGACAACCGUGUCGUCUAUGGAGGAGGCGCCGCGGAGAUAGCUUGCUCGUUAGCAGUCGAGGAGGCUGCAGUCAAGAGCCCUGGCCUGGAACAGUACGCCAUGCGGGCAUUCGCCGACGCACUUGACGCGGUGCCCAUGGCCCUGGCAGAGAACUCUGGGCUGAGCCCGAUUGAGACGUUGGCUUCCAUCAAGUCGAGGCAGGUUAAGGAGGCGAAUUCGAGGCUGGGGGUGGACUGCAUGCAGAGUGGAAGCAACGACAUGCGUGAGCACUUCGUCAUCGAUCCACUGAUCGGGAAGAGGCAGCAGCUGCUCUUGGCCACGCAGCUGUGUCGCAUGGUGCUCAAGGUGAACAAUGUCAUCAUCGCCGGAAGCGACGACAAUGAAUUCUAG